AUGAGAAAUGUCAUGCCAAAAGCAGCUUUUUGGAGAAAGUACAGUCUAAAUUCGGGCUUAGAAUGGGAAUUCUCUUUCAUUCUGGACUAUGGAGUCACUUCUGAAUCCGACUCCGAGUCCCUUGACACCUACACCCAGAACACUCUCUCUGCAUUAUACCCGCCUUUUGAGGCCACAGCUGCCACUGUCCUGUGGCAGCUUUUCAGCAUAGUUGAAAAGCUGUAUCGAGGAGAUGGCCUCAGGUGCCUAAUUGAUUUCCUUGUCCCUGCCAAGAGAGUCUUACAGUGCAUUCAGCAAGAAACCUGUGCUAAAUACACUGGUCUUAUUUUCUACCAUGAAGGCUGGCCACUGUGCAUCCAUGAAAAAGUGGUAGUACAGUUAGCAUCUCUUCACCGAGUCCGUCUGAAACCAGGGGAUUUCUACUUACAAAUUCUUCCGUCUGGGAAGCAGUCAGCAAAACUAGUUUUAAAAUGCCUCUCCCGACAUGGACAAGGAAUGGAAGAAGUUAUUGUACCUGAAACCAUGUAUGGAUGUGUUUUCACUGCAGAAUUUUUGGAAAAUGUAAAUUGUGAAAGGGAGAGUGUUCCCUUGCAAAGCUGCUUACUUACCACUGGCCCAGCUGUAUAUAGAACACCUUGGAAGAAUAUAGUGAAUCCUAUUUUUGUCCCUACAACUAAAACAAUCCUGCAUAAUUAUUCCAAUAGCCCUCUCCUCGAUCGGUUAAUCAGCAAUAAUACUGAUGUGAAAACAAUGACACAGACCAUGGAGAGCAAUAGUUCACAUGACAGUUCCACUUCCAAUGAUACUGGCUCUACUGUCAUAGAAGCAACACUUACCGAUAAUCAUGGAAACCAAGGGAGUGAAGUGUAUAGUCCAGUUCAUACUGCAGAGAGUAGGGCUGAAUUAGAAUUCCCUGGGACCCCAGCUGAGGAGAGCAAAGGAGAGUACGUAAAUCUCAGCACGUUGACUAAGGACUGCCCCAGCAUGAUAGAGAGGGUUUUACCACAGGCCACUGAGCCUGAAAUGACAUCUGAAGUAUUAAAAGGUGGAGCGUUAUCUCCCAUAAUGGAGAGAAAGAACAGCAUCAAAAGCAUAACUUUCAGCACGGAUUUGAGCAGCCCUUGUCCAAGAAGACGACAACUCAGGGAUUCUUCAUAUUUUGAGACAAGGCGCUUGUUUAGAAAGUCAUACAUGGAAGCUUUGCAAAACCCAAUGAAUCUUGGUUCCAGCUCAGAGGAGUCAAUUGUAGAAGAGGAGACUUCAGACCAGACAGUGGACUCAUGUGAAGUGAAUGAUGACUUGAGAAUCUCUGAGACCAAAUCUCGUGAGAAACAAAUUGAGAAGGAAGAUUCUCUUGCUGAUAGACUUGCACCAAAGGAGGAAACAAUAGAGGUCAUAAGGCCUGAAGAUUGUUCACAGGCCUCAGAAAAACUGCUUAUACCUCAUGAAACUUUCUCAGUAGCAGAUUGCAGGGCUGAACCGAGAAGGUCUCGGUCUUUAGAUAGGUCACGUAAGAGUUCACAUGGUAAGGAUCAUAGUCCAAGGUUGUUCUCAGAUAGUUCAGCAAGUGCAAACCCUAAAAAGCUCUUAAAUGGACAUGCUUUAAGACUGGGGAAGUUGGACUCCAAUGGUCAUUUAUUCAUUACUGUGAAAAGCAACAAAUGCAACAAAGAGGAUGAAGAUUUUCCUCAGCACUCAACAGUAAUAGACUCAAGAAACAGUUUCCAGGGUGAGUGUAACACAAUUACAAAUGCAUCUCCUGAGCUAUUCCAUUGUGAGAGUGAGCUGCUGCCUACAAAUGCUGGAGACCUUUGCCACAGAUUACCAAACCAAUUACUUGAAAUCAACCAGGAAUUACUGCAGUCUGGAGUCAUUUCUCUAUGUGGAAGCCGAGACCGGGGUGGCAGAGCAGUGGUGCAAGUCUGCACAAGAAAUACCAUCUGGUCAAGUGAACAUUCCACAAGUACAGAGCUUGCUCGUCUUCUGAUGUAUUUCUAUAGCAUUCCCAGGAAGGAAGUACGUGAUCUGGGGCUCGUUAUUUUAGUGGAUGCUCGUAAGUGCCAGCCUAGUCCUGGUCUUUUCAAAGCUUUCACAGCAUUACAGAAUGCAGUUCCUCACUCCAUUCACAGUGUCCUGAUAUUGACUGAGAAGGAAUCUGCAUUUAGACCUGACAAAGAUACUGCAAUUCAGUAUGAAGUCCUCACAUCACUGAAGGCUCUGCAAAAGCACAUUGACUCUACCCAGUUGACAGCAGAGUUUGAUGGAACCUUUCUGUAUAACCACCAUGACUGGAUGCGUUUCCGAAAGAAACUGGAACCCUUUAUUACAAACUGCAAAGAGGCCAUUGUCUUUCUACAGAACUCAGUCUGUUCGCUGAACUCCAAGAGAACCCUAAGUACAGUGCAGGAGGUCAGGGACUUAAUCGACAAACACAAGACAAUGAUGAAACUUGUUUUGGAAGAUGCCUUGCUGGUAACAUUAAGGCUAGAGGGUGGGACAAUCCUUGCAAGACUCAGGAAAGAGGAAUUCUGCAAUACAGAAGACUACCGAGAUGCCAUGGAGGCUAUAACAAGAUUGUACAAUCGAGUAGAUGAGGAGGUCCAUAGGCUGGUUCUCAUAUCGAAUAAGUGUCUGCAACAACUGGAGAAUCUCCAGGAAAUAAGAAAAUUUGAAGAAGAUUGUGACCAGAUAAAACUCUGGUUUGAAAAUGAAAGGGAGCGAUAUCUUGGCCCUUUAGAUCAAGAGCUGCUUUCUCUGGAAAGUGUGAAGAAGCAGCAAGAAGAAUUCAGAGUUUUCAGUGACAAAGUGAUGCAAUAUUGUGAGAAAGGGCUGCGGCUGAUACAAAAGAACUGCUCACUGAACUUGGAAGAAAAAGUUCAGAGCUUCAGGAGUUAUUUGAGUAAUGUCAGCACUCAGACAGAGAAAAGGAAGAGUGAGCUGGAGAAGCUGAUCCACUUGUAUGAGUUUUACGAGACGGCACAUGGGUGGAUGUUACACUGCAAUGACUAUCUUGAACAUCUUACUGUGGAGAACAAAUACUCUCAAUCAGUGAUUCAGAGUUUGCAGAGCUACCACCAAGAAGCUACAAAAGUUUCUGCAGAAAACUUUCAAAAAGUGAAUGAGAUGGUAUUGGGUCUGGCUAGCAAAAAGGAACUAAAACAAUGGAAUAUUUUAUGGCUAAAAUGUCAGCAAACAAGGCACCAUUUAGAAGAGGUCCUUUCUGAAGCUCUCAAAGGUUCCAACAAAGAAACUUCUCGCAAAGUCCCCCAGGAAGUGGAUGCGAAAGUUAACUGUGAGUUUGAUACUGAAGGUGCUAGACAACCAAGUCAGUCCCUUUCUCAACUCUCUUCUAACACUGAUAAUAACAUUUGGGAUAAUAAUGUUAAGUCAUUGCAUAAACCUCAGCAUAUGAGCCUGCCAUCAGGAGUACCACCUUUUUUAGACCAUGAGAACUCCAAUCAAAAUAUGGAUGUAUAUGUGCAACUUAAUGCAUCUCCACCACAGACAUUUACUCCUCUCUUGGGUGGGCUUCAAAGGACUAGCCCAAUCUCAGAAGAUAUGGACAAUGUUUCCACCUCAGGAUCAGCCUCCUGCUAUUCUGAGCCAGUCCAGUCACCAACUACCCGCCACAGAAAACAUCCACUAAAGAAAAUCAUGAAGAAAACGAAAAGCUUUGAGUUUACUCAGCUUGAGAGCAGCCACAGCGAGUUGCACCGCCACGGAUACACUGGAGUUUAUAUCAAGGGAUUGGAGGUGGCCAGCAAUGUUGCUGCUGAGAAGAAAUACAUGCAGCGCUUGAAUAUUAAAAGCCCUUUGAUUAGUAGAAACCGAAGUUUAUCUUCCCCAUCAAGGAUCCAUCAUACAGAAGAAGAAGAAAAAAAGAGAGCAGGAAGCAGCAAAGUGCAACAUAUAAUGGAUGAAAUGAUCACAACAGAAAGGGAAUAUGUUAGAUCCUUAGGAUAUAUCAUCGACAACUAUUUUCCAGAAAUGGAAAGAAUCGAUUUACCUCAGGAUUUGCGAGGGAAGCGGAAUAUUAUCUUUGGGAACCUGGAGAAGCUCUAUGAUUUCCAUUGCCAGUAUUUUCUAAAAGAGCUGGAACACUGCAGAGACUUCCCACUGCGUGUCAGCCACUGUUUUCUCAGACAUGAAGAACAGUUUGGAAUGUAUGCAUUAUACAGCAAGAACAAACCACAAUCGGAUGCUUUGCUUACAAGCCAUGGAAAUGCAUUCUUUAAAAAUAAACAACAGGAUUUGGGUGAUAAGAUGGAUCUGGCUUCCUAUCUGCUGAAGCCUAUUCAAAGAAUGAGCAAAUAUGCUCUUCUUCUAAAAGAUAUGAUCAAAGAGUGCACUAAGACCCAGGAGCAGGAGCUCAAUGAUCUCAGGGCAGCUGAAGAAAUGGUGAAAUUCCAGCUUCGCCAUGGAAACGACUUACUUGCUAUGGAUGCCAUUAGAGGGUGUGAUGUCAAUUUGAAAGAACAAGGACAGCUGAGAUGUCAAGAUGAGUUUAUUGUUUGCUGUGGAAGAAAGAAAUAUUUGAGACAUGUCUUCCUUUUUGAAGACCUCAUCUUGUUUAGCAAAACAAAAAAGAUUGAUGGGGGAUAUGACAUCUACAUGUACAAACAGUCAUUCAAGACGGCUGAGAUUGGGAUGACAGAGAAUGUUGGAGACAGUGGUCUGCGAUUCGAAAUCUGGUUUAGAAGGAGGAGGAAAUCCCAGGACACAUACAUCCUUCAAGCAAACUCAACAGAAGUUAAAAUUGCUUGGACCAGUAUCAUAGGAAGGAUUCUUUGGAGACAAGCUCUGAGAAACCGAGAACUCAGAAUGCAAGAAAUGGUGUCAAUGGGAAUAGGCAAUAAACCUUUCAUGGACAUCAAGCCCAGUGAAGCAGCCAUAAGCGACCGAGCAAUAGAUUACAUCAUGAAGGGAACAGAAUCAAGAUCUCGAGCAUCAAUAGCAGUGUCUUCAUUUGACCACUCCACUCCAUUUAAAAGGCCGCAUUCCACUAUCUCAAACAGUAGCACAUCUUCCUCAAGCAGCCAGUCCUCUUCUUCCAUUUUGGGAUCACUGAACCUUCAUGUGUAUUCCAGCCCACCUCAUCCAGGCUUAUUAGGACCACCCUUCUACCACUGGUCGUAUGAUAUUAGAACCUGCAUAGAGGAAGAUGAACUGGAGCAGGAAACUGGCAGUCAGCCUUCAAUGAUCACAGAGAGUUCAGAAUCAUCCCAGUGCACUUCGGGUGAAAGUGUGAGUGGUUUUAGUAGCUCUGCCCAUCCUGGAUUGUCCCAGCUCUCUACAGAGACGUUCUUGGAUGAAGGUGCUUCAAAUCCUGGCUCUAAACCUCCUUCCCAGUGCACAUCUCCUGCUCUCCCUGAGAAGAAUCCUAGAUCAAAACACACCAACCAGUAUGUCACAGCGAACAAAACCUCUCAUGUAUUAGGCCUCUCAACAAUGGUUUGACUGACAGGCAUAAAUUCACUAUGAGUCAAAUUACUAUGAAGACAUUUUCAGCCAUGCUGACCCUGCUGUUGCAGAUCAUCCCAAAUUCACUUUGUGAUGAAAAACCUGUGACACACUUCAUGGACUGUCUUACUGGAUAUUUCAUCAUCAGCAAAAUCAAAAUCUAAACAUUUUUUAAAAUGACCAGAGAAGAGACAUCUUAUUUUUUCUUUGUCAUUUUAAAGGCAGUUUUGUUGCAGAGUUCUUAAUCUGCACUUCCAAAAUAUGAACCAAAUUCUUCUCUCAAAUAAGCCUGCAGGUCCACUGAUUCCAGGGAGUGGCAUUGAAGGCCUGCAAGGGUAGAACUUGGCUUUGUACAUGUGUGUGGCAAAUUAGAAUGUUAUUUUCUGUCUUAACCUGAAUCUUGUAUAUAGCAGGUGAUGAUGUUGUAGAUGUUACUAUAUUUUGUGCAAUCCUGUAAAUGUAGAAAUCCUUAAUAAAUGAACUAAUAUCUGUACAAAAGGAAAAAUAUACAAACUGCUUGGAACUUUUGUAAAUAUUAUUUUAUUGCUGCCCAUUACAGCAGAUCCAUUUUUAUCUACUUAUUAGUGUCUUCUCCAGCAUACCACAAAGGCAACAUGAGUUCCUGCAAUCAUAGUAAACAUGGACUUCUGUUAGAAUAUGGUAUUUUCUAGAGAUUAAAAAUAGAAAUAAUUAUUUGUAACCAUUUUCAAAUAUCAAAUAUGAAAACAUAUUAUUGUUCAUGGAUUGUUGAAAACAGUUUGACUUUUGUUACUUCAAACACUGCCCUUGUUUAAUACUUUUUUUUAAAAAAAUAAACAAAACAAUUUCUACCGUUA